AUGUCGCCAAAACCGAGCCUGCGAGCUUUCCUCUCUCUCGCUCGUGCGAAGCUCUACGCUUCCCCAACCCAGCGAGAGUUGCCUUUGACCCUGGUAGCCGGGAACGAAUCGGCAGAUCUCGACUCGCUGUGCUCGGCCGUCAUCUUCGCCUAUCUCCACACAAUAAACGCCCAAACCCGAAAAAUCUACAUUCCCAUCUCCAAUCUUCCUCGUGAUGACCUCCCUCUCCGAUCCGAGAUGACCGCCGUGUUGGCCCGUGCCGGCCUUGAGCCCCGCGACCUUCUCACCCUGGACGAUUUACCCCAGGGCGGCCAGAACGCCGCUUCGUCCGACGACUUAUCUUUGUAUCUCGUCGACCACAACAGCCCCACGGGUAUUAUCAAGGAACGCUACGGCACGCGCAUCGUCGGAUGCGUCGACCACCACGCCGACGAGAACUUCGUGUCCAAGGACGUGCAACCCCGUGUCAUCGAGACGAGCGGGAGCUGCGUGAGUCUCAUCGUCGAGCAUUGCCGCGAAGCUUGGGAUUCUCUGGCUCGAGAGGCGAAGGUGUCACAAGACGCCGCCGAGGCCGAUAAGAGCAUGGCACUCAUGGCCCUGGGCGUCAUCUUCUCCGACACGGUCAAUCUUCGCGCAAAGGACAGGGUUACGCCUUGGGACGUCCGCGCCGUGGAGUACCUCGAGGAGAAGCUCGGUGGGACCGGCUAUGACAGGGAGAAGUACUGUGAUGAGAUACAUAGGGUGAGGAGGGAUCUCGACGGGCUAUCUUUAAGAGACAUCUUUAGGAAGGAUUACAAGGAGUGGGUCGAAGGUGGCAUGAAGCUGGGGACAUCUGCUGUCGUUCAAAAUUUUGAUUACCUGCUCGGUAGGGCCGGUGGUUCGGCCGAUGUCCUGAUGGGAGAGCUCGGUAAAUGGGCUGAGGAAAAGGGUCUCGAUCUCGUGUCCGUAAUGACGUUGGCCACGCACGACGGACGGUAUGAGAGGGAGGUGUUGCUCUGGGGACGGAAUGAGAAGGCCGUUGAGGCUUCGAGAGACUUUGAAAAGGCUGAACAGGCGGAACUUGACUUGCAUUCGUUUAGGGACGGGCUGCUGGAUCUUGAUGCGCAUGGUCAAUGGGGGAAAGCAUGGAAGCAGGGGAAUUUAAAGCAUAGUCGCAAGCAGGUUGCACCUAUGAUCCGCGACGCGAUGAGAAGAGCGUGA